AUGGCGAAUACGGACUUUACUUUGACAAUCUCCUGUCCCGAUCGUCCUGGAAUUGUACAUGCCGUUACUGGAUGGGUUUCGGAGCGCAACCUCAACAUUGUGGACUCGCAGCAAUAUGGUGAUCCAACCUCGAACCGCUUUUUCAUGCGAGUGCAUUUUGCUCAUGUCGAAUCCGUCUCACAAGAUCUCUCGGGUCUAGUUGAGUCGUUUGGUGAAAUCGCAAAGCCAAUGUCUAUGGAUUUCGAGCUUACUUCGAAUUCCCACAAGCCGCGGGUCCUCAUUAUGGUUUCCAAAAUUGGACACUGUCUCAAUGACUUGCUUUUCCGUCAUUCUACCAACCAAUUACGGAUCGAGAUUCCCUUGAUUGUCUCCAAUCACCCUGAUUUUCAGAGUUUGGCAGACACGUACAAAAUUCCUUUUCUCCACUUGCCAGUCACUGCGGCCACCAAAGCCGAUCAGGAGGCUAAGAUUUUAGAACUUGUCAAGGAGUAUAAGAUUGAGCUGAUUGUUCUUGCCCGUUAUAUGCAGGUACUGUCACCAGUGCUCUGCACGGCCAUGUCUGGGAAGAUCAUCAACAUCCACCACAGCUUCUUGCCCUCAUUCAAGGGUGCCAAACCCUACCAUCAGGCAUAUGACCGUGGCGUUAAGAUUAUUGGAGCCACCGCACAUUUUGUCACUAGCGACCUGGACGAGGGCCCAAUCAUUGAGCAGAACGUCGUUCGCGUUGGCCACUCUCUGAGCCCGAAGGAGUUGACGAUCGAGGGAAGCAAUGUCGAGAGCAACGUGCUCGCGACGGCUGUGAAGUGGGCAACCGAGAGGAGGAUUUUACUGAACGGCGCAAAGACUGUCGUUUUCAACUAG